GCAGAAGCGAUCUGCGCAGUCUCAGAUCAUCCGGACACGGUCGUCUCUGCGCUCCUUCACAAUAAGAAAAUCGGGAUGGACGAUAGAAAGGGUGGGGUACAACAAGGAGAGGUUCGUGAUUUUACCUCUACUUAUACCCAUAACAACUCACCUGCAGAUAGAUUCUUACGUGCACGCAUCUUCAUGAGCGUACAAACAGGCUCGUGCCAGAGUUUGAGCUUUUAUUGUGAAGGUUGACUUGAAGAUGUUCCGGGUGGAUUCUGUAGGUUUGCGGUUGUUCACCGGCUUUCAGGAGGUUAUGACAUUUGUUUUGAACGUGGACACACUUUUCUAUUAGUGUUUGUAAUGCAUCGUGUGCGGCAGACACCAGUCUGAGCGCCGCUGAGUCAGCAUGCUCCGGGUGGGGGCGCUGCUCCGGGUGGCGCCGGGACUCCGCCGGACGGAGCUCCGUGGCAGGUUGUCCUGUCCCCGCCCGCUCUGCGCCUAUGUGCCGGUCAGGGGCCUGUCAGGGACUGACGGGGGCUCCGGAGAGGCUCCGACUCCGGGCUGGUACGGCAGCCUGGCGGACUCGGCUCCCGUCCACCUGUGCGAGGACGUGCUGGUAAGCGUGCAGCAGCUGAGCGGUCUGCCGUGGUGGAUGAGCAUCAUCGCCGCGACGCUGACCGUCAGAACCGCCGUCACUCUCCCUCUGGCUGCGUACCAGCUGAUCAUCGUCUCCAAGGUGGAGGCGCUGCAGGUGGAGAUCUCUGAGCUGGCUAAGAGGCUUCGCUAUGAGGUGUCUGUGCGAGCCAAAGAGAGAGGCUGGACGGACAAUCAAAGUCGGUUCCAGUUCAAGAAGAAUCUGCGCCGCAUCGUCUCUCAGCUCUACAUCAGGGAUAACUGCCAUCCCUUCAAAGCUAGCCUGCUGGUCUGGGUUCAGCUUCCCCUCUGGAUCAGUCUGUCUCUGGCACUCCGGAACCUGAGCUUGAAUCAGUCAGCGCUGCAGGAGGAGCUGGCAGCAGGGGGUGCUCUGUGGUUCUCUGACCUCACGGUACCGGACUCCACCUGGAUCCUGCCUGUUUGUCUGGGUCUCACCAACCUGAUCAUUGUGGAAGUGUUUUCUCUGCAGAGAGUGGGGGUGUCUGGCGUGCAGCGGCUGGUGCUGAAUGGCAUCAGAGGGUUCUGUGUGCUGAUGAUCCCCAUCGCCGCCAUGGUUCCCUCUUCCAUGGCUCUGUACUGGUUCACCUCCAGUCUGGUGGGCUUCAGCCACAACCUCAUCCUUCGCUCUCCUGCUGUCCACAAAAUCCUCCGGCUUCCAACUCGGCGCUCAGAGACUCCGUACAGAGACCUGCUGUCUGCCUUCAUCUCCAAAUAUGGCAAAUGACGAACUGAAUGUCUGCAGAGAACCUCUGCAGCAGAACUGAGCCUCUGCUGUCCGGUCUUUGUCCUGGACAGAAAGCUGCAUGCAGAAACUCAGGAAUCACGACUCUGUUGAGAUCUGAUCUGAAGCAGACCUCCAUCGUGCCAGAGCGUUCUUCAGUCUCUGAGGCCUAAAGGAUGAUGGUCCACAUGAUGAUAGUUCUGAGACUGAUCUGACUCGGAACCAACCAAUCACAGGCUUGCAUCUCAAAGACGAAGAAAAACGGAACAAAAGAUGAAAUAAAUCCAGUGAGUUCCAAUUAUGGACAAAGAAGUUUGAUUUAUUUUUUACUAUUUGAAUGAUCGUCCUCCUUUCACAGAAGCAACACAGUUGUUUUUUUCAAAGCCAUAAAUCCACCAGAAGAGCUUUUUAGUCUGAAUAAAGUACAGACUAAAAGUCAUAAUAUCAUUGUUGUAGUUCAGCUCAAAUGUGGAAAUGGAAGUUGUCUUGUUUUCAUGUGUGCAUUUGCAAUAAAAUCUAAUGUGUGUGACAGUCGUUGUAACACAAUACGAGUA